AUGGACCAAAAUAUAGUCGUUCAUCUGGCAGCCAAUCUACUAAAAUAUGGUCGUUCAUCUGGCAGUCAUGGACUAAAAUAUGGUCGUUCAUCUGGCAGCCAUGGCUCAAAAUAUGGUCGUUCAUCUGGCAGCCAUGGCUCAAAAUAUGGUCGUUCAUCUGGCAGCCAUGGCGCAAAAUAUGGUCGUUCAUCUGGCAGCCAUGGACCAAAAUAUGGUUGUUCAUCUGGCAGCCAUGGACCAAAAUAUGGUCGUUCAUCUGGCAGCCAUGGACCAAAAUAUGGUCGUUCAUCUGGCAGCCAUGGACCAAAAUAUGGUCGUUCAUCUGGCAGCCAUGGACCAAAAUAUGGUCGUUCAUCUGGCAGCCAUGGACCAAAAUACGACCACUCAUCAACCCAAUCUACACACUAA